AUGGACGUGCAAUGCUCAUGGCCUGGGUCGCCACCUUGUGCCAAGUACAGUCUGUCGAGGGGUGAGACACUGUCAAUUCUUCCCAGAAGUCGGCUCACCUGCUCUGUUCCUCGGUCCUGGGUGCCCAACUUUCGAAGUGGCGACCGCAGUCUGACUGCAUCUCCGCGGGUCAAAAAGAUAGCCUCUUCACUGCAGUCCUCUGCAUCGGUAGGGACCAUCCCAAACCCUUUUACGAUACAGUACAGAAGUAUAUCCGCUCCUAAUAGACGUCCAUGGUGCAUGUCACCAGGUUUUGCAUCGGUCUCACAGAGUUCGGCUGGUCUCUCGUCAUGCAUAACAGAAAAAGCGGUCAAGAAGAUGACACCUUCUUCGGUAUCGGAGGACUUUCUGGAUGCUUUUCAGAAGGCCUUCCAAGAAGCGACAGCACAGACGAGCAAAGAGAGACACGACAGGGAAAAUGCCGAGCAGAGAUAUCUUUGCCUAGAGACGGAGAUGAGGGAAUGCAAAAAGCAGAAUGGCGCCCUACGGGAACAAGUUGCGUCGCUUCUCGAAAAAUGCAAUGCUCUGGUUUCGGAAAACUUGAAGCUGAGUACAGAGUUGAAUCAGGCGAAGCAACAGUACGAUGAUGAAAGGAUUAAAGCCAAAAUGUUUCAAGAUCAGGUCCACGAUAAGCUUCAAAAAGCAGACGCCCUCAAAGAGACUCUGCAGUGUGCAUGGAAGCAGCUGACUUCAGCUCGGGCUGCCCUUUCAGAAACGGAAUUGGCCGCGGCUCAGAGUAAGAAGGAGAAUGAACAGCUGCGACAAGACAUUUCAAUAGAAAAGUCGAUAUGCUGCUUUGUUCGGUUCUUUAACCAGAAUCGCUGUAACGCUCUUCAAGGCGAAAUGCGUAUACUAGCCGAGCAAAGGAAGUCCGAAACGGAGCUUUGCCUUAGCCUAAAAGAGCAACUGAAGAAUUUCCGCCAGCUUCAGCAAGCUGCCGGAGACAUUGACUCGGACAACGCGAGAUUGAGAGAAGAGCUUUCUCGAUUCCAAGAAGACGUUUGCAACUUGCGGAUGGUUGAGCAGAAAUUCGCCUCCUGUAAAGCCGAGUUGGAGAACCUGAAACAAGUCAACACCCAAUUUGCACUUCAGAUCCAGUCACAACAGAAGAAAAUCGAAAGUUUCCAAGAAAAGCAGCGAGAGGCAGAAGCCACUUCAGCUAGACUGGGUUUCGAGCUAAAAACGGAGAAGCAGAAGAACGAGGAACUUAAGGCGACUAACGAACUCGAGCGCCUGCGGUGCGAACUGACGACUGAGAAGCAAACAGUCAACAAGCUGCAAGAGAGAGAAAGAGAUCUUUUGAGACAAUGCUGUGCUACGACCCAACAAGCCGAAGAAGAGAGGGCAGCUCAGAAGCAGAAGAUGGAAGAGGUUCAUAAUAUCGCGAAGCGAUCGGAGGACCAAAACGCUCGUUUGCAGCAACAGAUUGCCGAAGAAGAACUGAAGCGACGUCAGCAAGAGGAGGAAGUGCACUGCCUAUCUCAUCGUCUGGCGGAGUUAGAGCUCAAGCUUACUCAACUUGGCGCUGACUUCCACGCCCAGAGCGGCACUCUCCGUUCUGCACAGGUAGGCAGCACAGCGACAGGACACUGUCACCAGUUUAGCCACAAGGAAACUGAGCAUCACCUCCGCGCACUGCAGGCUAUGAUAUCCGUUCAGGAGGAAGUGCGACUAAAGGAGCAGACAAUUAGAGAUGCGACAGCCUCCGAGAAAACACUGCGCACGAGGCUGCUGAAGACCGAGGAGGAUCUGUCUGCAUGUCAGGAAAUUAUGAAGGUUCUGGAGAGGGACAAAUCACUCUUGUUCCACUACAAAGUUGAGUUCGAGAAACAAGCUGAACGUGCUCAGGAAAUGCGGUCGCGGCAGCGUCAACAUGAGGAGGAAAUAAGCCUACUGAACGAAGAACUGCAGCAACGACAACUUUGUCAUCAAGAUGAAAUUAACACGUUGCACAGUCAGUUAUCGGAUCAGAUGGCCCGGGAGAAGGGCCUGGCGGACGAGGUAGACCGAAGCCACAGAAGGCUCGAAGUCCUGCGGAUCCAGCUGGACGAGGCAGAGGCGCGGAUUGAGGCACUGAAAGUACGUAUUUAG